GCCAGCUUAAGGCAACAAUAUGAAAUUGUUUCUCAUAAUAAAUUUAAUUGCUGCAAUUUUAACGAACUGUUUAGCAGCGGUCUCAUGGGGUCUUCAAAAAGAUCCCAAUCAUCCUGGUAAAUGUGUUACGGGAGAUAUUAUUUUAGCAGCUGGCGAACAGGCCUCUAUACCGGGCCGAUGUGAACAGGUGGUGUGUCAUGAGGAAAGUUAUGCUACAUUUUUUAGCUGUGGUGUUAUUGGUGUACCCCCAGGCUUUGUUUUAGGAGACCCUAUUUUACCUGAUUCCGUUUAUCCGAAAUGUUGUGCGAGGAAAAUUGUAGCAGCGCAAAAAACUGAAAGUUCUUAAAUUAAUAACAAAUUUAAACUAAACAUUUACAACAAGAAUUUAGAAAAAAAU